AUGGCAGGACCAUCGAAAGGAAUUCGUUUGAGCUUUCUUACUCAAGCUGAUCAGAGCAAGUAUGAGAUGGUGUUCUCUCAAGCGUCUGGUGGGAAUGACAUAUUAACGGCUGCUAUUGCCAAAGAAGUUCUUUCAAAGUCAAAUGUUGGAAAUGAGAACCUCGCACAUAUUUGGUACAAGACUUAUUUGGAUUUGUCCAACGUUACAAAUGAACCUCAACUUACCUUUCCAGAAUUUGCAGUCGCCAUGUAUCUUACCGCAUUAAAGAUGACAGGUGUUGACAUACCUUCUAAACUACCAGACGAAGUACGACAGGAAAUUAUUAAUGCAGUCUUUACUAUCAAAAGCAAUAAUCAAAGUUUAGCUCUUAUGCAGCAACAGCAACCUACAAGCACUCUAUCCAACACUAUUCAUGCUCAUCCAACAGGCAUGCCUGUGAACCAGACAACAACAGGCUUCCAAUUGAACCCACAAAUGGGUCCACAAAUAGCCAUGCCUACAGGUAUGGCAGGAAACAAUAUGGACUUUACAAGUCGAAUGAUGCCACAGACUGGAUCGUACAGAGAACCACCACAAUUUCAAAGUUUAUCGAGCAACAUCAAGAUCCCAUGGGCUGUUACUGCUGAAGAGAAGAAGCAAUAUACAAAGGUAUUUAAGGCUUGGGAUACUGAAAACAAGGGCACUUUAUCUGGCGAAAAAGCAAAAGAGAUCUUUUCACAGUCUGGAUUACCUCAGAAUAUACUCAUGCAAAUAUGGAACUUGGCAGAUCCAAAUAAUCAAGGAAAACUCAACGUGGAUGAAUUUGCAGUUGCAAUGCAUCUUAUCUACCGCAAACUAAAUGGAUAUAAUGUUCCUGAAACUUUACCCCCAGAGCUUAUACCACCUUCUACCCGCGAUCUUAAAGAGAGUGUAAGUAAAUUAAAGCAGACAAUAUUGGAUGACAUUGCCAAGAAGAGAUACAUAUCCAACUUUAGCUCUUCACCUUCUUCACUUUCCCCUCCUACACCACAAUAUAAAUCUCGAUCCACCAGUCCGGCUCGUGGUACAAUAAAGAAGAAGGAUAGUGAAGAUGAUGAUAACGAGGUUGGAUACGUUUCUAGUGCGCGUCGUAUGGGCCCUGAUAGAACUCGCACACGUGACAACUUGAUGAAUAAACCUGCGACAAAUACAAGCUAUGGGUACCGUGGCAAAACAACUAGAAUUUUUGAAUUAAGAAAAGAAAUAGAAGAAAACAAAAGGCAGUUACAGAAACUAGAAGAAGAAGCUAAACCCAAAGUUGCAGCACCUUACAAUGACCUAUCUGCAUUAGACAAGAAAAACAUUGACAGUCUCAAAGAUAGAAUACGAGAACUGCAGAGAGAAAUUUCGAAAUCAGGCAAUGAACAUGGACGCGAUGCAUGGGGAGUCUACAUAGAAAAGACGGCGGAACUAUCCGGUAUUGCCGAAGAAGAAAGAUUAUUAGUAGAUGAAAUCGAAUACAUGCUAGAUAUUACUCUGAAAGGACUGCUAGACCAAGUAGAUGAAACAGAGGAUGACUUGAUGAAUAAAAAGAUACAAGCAGCAAACCAAAAAGCGACAGGCAAUAACAGUAACAGCUUGACAGAUAUACCCUUGGAUAUCGUUGGCACUGGACCAAAUGGUGAAAUCACAGAGGCUGACCGAAUUCGAGCAAAGGCAAAAGCGAUGGUGGCUGCUCGUAUGGGCAAGAUAACAGGAAAGUCAGGCAACACGACAGCAUCUAAUGUAAAAGCAGAAAUUGAAAAGAUAAAGCAAGAAAGAGAUGAAUUCAGACUAUAUGUUGAUUCCAUCAAAGAUAGUCUUGGAGAAGCCAGACAAGCAGUAAAAGCUAUCGGAUUGGAGAUGAGCAUGAUCGGCUUAGAUAUUCGAAAACAAGAUCAAGAUCAAAAGAGAAUUGAAGAGCGUGCACGAUUCGAAUAUGGUGAAAGCGUGGCGAAGGACUUGAAGGAGUUUAUUUCGGAAUUGAGUUACGAUGCUGCAUUAGCAAAAGCACCAGAGAUUGAUCCUACCUUUGAAUCAAGAUUCCCAGAAUUUUAA